UUCAAGGACGUGCUUUCCACAUUCGGGAGUCUUGGAUACAACUGAUGAGAAGUAGACCUUGAUUUCAUUUUAGAAGAACGAUGAGAACAGGUAUCAGGAAUACAUGUUACUGUUGCCUGCUAUUUGCGUUUGUAAUUGAAGGUGUCUUUAAUCAGGUGUGUUUGUACAACGAGACCCAGAUUCAAGAGGAUUUCGAACUCUUCCAGUAUACAGGUACCUGGUUUGAAUUUAAAUGGAUUCCGCCACCAGCCAUUGCUAAGUAUGAUCAAUAUGUAGACUACACGCACACGUAUCAAUUAAAAGAGGACGGCAACAUACAAGUUGAUAUUUUGGCAAGAGAGCGGCCAGAAAAUAAGACGUGUCUUCACGCUAACGCGACUUUGCUUACAACAGGAGUGCCCGGAAAGCUGUUGUAUAAGAGAAACUACCUUGGUGAGUUACUCACAUCCGAUUACUGGAUAAUACACACAGACUACAGUAAUUAUGCUUUGGCGUAUGGCUGCCAGACCCUGUUUACAAACGGUUCCUGUGAGGUAUUUGACGUAUGGGUAUGGAGCAGACGUCCCACACUGUCUUCUGAAUACGAAGUUUUGGCGGAUGGUUUUAUAAGAAACCGUUUGUGUCUUGACCCAGCCACGUUUGACAAAACUUCACAGAAGAGAAAAUGUUUACAAGUCCCAACUUCAGAUGCAGGACGAGCAUGUGCGCUGGGGAUACAGAUGGUUUUUUUGGUAAAGUUUUUGGCCCAUGUGAAUGGUGUUUAAGUUUUUCUACAUUGUCAGAAAAUUGCCGUGAGUUUUGUUCCAGUUUAAGGUAAUCUCGCUGAUGAUCAGGCGUGAACUAGACAAGUGGACAAUUUUGCCUAAUUAGGCAACUGGAACAUAAAGGUCGCACAAAAUAUGUUGUGGUUGUAUCCAGAAAGACGAAGAUUGUGUAGGCUACAUCUGUCUAUCAGCAUUGUUAUAACGAUUUUCUUUACGCAGUUUACCUAUCUAUGCCCUGUAGUAUUUAUACAUAAAAUGUUAUGGUUUAGAGCUAGCAUGUACACCUCAGGUAGCAUGUACACCUGAAAAACUGAAUAUAGCCUGACCGCACCAUCUCCAAGCAUCCCAAAGAUACACGCUAUAUAAUAAAAUAAAUGAUAGGCAAACCUUCCCUCUAACUCGAUACACUGCAGUAUCAGUUAUCAAACUAUGAUAUAUUCUGUAUAAGUUACUAUGAAAGCUGAAUCUAUAAGUGAAUAUAAGUGUAAGCUUCUCGUAGGUGGCUUUUAAGGAAAUCUAUCAACAGCACGUGGCACGUGGGUAUAUAAAGUCCACACCCACCAUUUACCAGUAAUAGCAGUAACAUCAGAAGAGGUACAUCCUAUUUCUCACAGCUAUUCAAGAAACACAGAAGAAAGGCUAAAUCAGAGAAAAACACAGUUUUGACUUAUCACCGUGUUCUAGGCCCAGAAAAUAUGCAUAAAAAUUAUUCGAUAGGAAAGAAUAAAGCACUAUAUUCA